UGUUCAUAUCUUAUUCGAUUUCCGAAUGAUAAUGGUUCUGCCCCCUUAAUCAUUAUAUGAUUAUUGAUUAUUCAUACUAUCAUAUGUAUAUUUAGUGGAUUAAGAUCGAGUAUCUACAUCAAGGUCUAGAUUUACAUGCUAGAAAACAUGUCCUAGAUCUUCUUUAUUUGAUUGAUUAGAAAGUACUAUCUCUCUUUUUAUUUAUUUAUUUAUUUAUUUAUUUUAUUUAACCCAAUUAUUACGUGUGUGUGUGUGUAACUUUUAUUUCUGACAAUAAUUAAUACCUCAUAGUUCAUAUUCUAGAUUGAAACCCAAACCCUUUAUAUAUUAUAUACUUUUUUUUUUGAUAGCAUAUACAUUAUAUACUUUUGUGUUAGUGUUAUUGUUCUAAAUAAGUGUGAAUACUCCGGUACACAUACUACGCUGAUAUGUACUGGUACACGGCUUAGGUGAAUGAUUGUGAUUGAUCCUCAAAUAAUAUUAAUAUAGAAAAAUCAAUAAAUACUAUUUGUAAACCGAUCAGAAUCAUCCACCUUAACAAACGUACAUGUACAUAUUCACAUAAUAUGUCUACCAGAAAAUUCACCUGAAGGAGGGUAGCAAGCUUAUUUUGUGCUAUCAAAUACUACAUGGAUCCAACUUGACUACUUUCCCACUAAAGCUAAAUAAACAUAGCCACCUGCACCAUUACGGCAUUACGUCUCUCAUCUCUCUCUCUCUCUCGUCAAAAUAAAUACAUGCGAUUCUAAAUUAACCACUUUAUUUCAUUAAUUUCUUUUUUCUUUUUAAGACAAAUGAUAGAAAUCUAAUAUCUUCAACUAUGAAGCACGAUGAUCUCUAUAAUUAGGUGUGUCCGACACUUGUACUAUACGUUUCGGAUAAGUGUCCAUUUUUUUUUUUAUUCUACUUUUCUUAGAAACAUAUUAGACAUAUCUACAAGAGAUUAAAAUGUGUCGAAACAGUCCCGUUAGUUUAGCUCAGUUAACUGGGGCAUUGCAUUAUAUAUGCAGGGGGCUGGGGUUCGAACCCCGGUCAUCCCACUUAUCCAUCUUACAGGUGGAAUUUUUAGCCACUAGGCUACUUGAUCAAAAAAAAAAAUGUGUCGAAACAAUAAUGAUAAUCAAUAAGAGAUUAAAAACAUUACAUUUUAAUUACAAUAUUCUUAGCUUUUCAAUAAGUGAUUAAAUAAAAGGUCAAAUACAAGCAUUUUGACAUUACACGCAAAUUUAUAUAUUUUGAUUUUCAUUUUAAAUCUUUUAUACAUAUAUAGCUGUGUGUGUCGGAGUCCGUGCUUUAUAGGUCUGCAGCCCUUCAUUGAUCAAUAUUGCUUCGACACAUCUUCAACUAUUGAAAAAAAUUUAGGACAAUUGUCUUAGUUUAUCUAACAUAUGUCGUACGAGAUUUGGAUACCGAUCCAAAGGGUGUCGAAGCGAAGAAAAAAUUUAAAUUUAUUAAUUGAGACACUUGUCUGAAAUGUCCGACUGGCUUUGAAGCAACUCAUAUAACAAAUCAAUUGUUUUCUUUGAAGUUAUUAAAUCACACUAUAAGCAGUAAACCAUGUUACUCCACCCUUGGGAUUCAAACACCUUUUCCUUGUCUUGGGUUGAGCCCAAUGAUUUUAUAAGUAAUUCAAUAGAGAGCUUCAGUAUUAAGAAUGUUGUUACCAGAGAGUCAUUGAAUAAAUCCAUUUCCUUCUCAAAGACUAACGAUGAAGAGAUACCAAAGCUUAAAGAUGUUCUCCAAAUUAUCAAAGGGCCUUAAAUAUGGUAUACCCGUAUCUGCUGCCUUAUACUUAGCUGCAUACCUCGAUGCUUACAUUAAACACCGAAACUCUCAUAAGUUAAUUAGUUGGGCAAGAGGAUGCAAUUAUCCCCCGGACGUGUCUGUUAUCAAUCAAGAUAUAUCCGAUCUUCCGCAAGCAGUCGAUUGGAGACAGCUGGGGGCUGUUACCGAUGUUUCCAAUCAAGGAGACUUCCGGACUUGCUUUGCUUUUAGCUCGGUUGAAGCCGUGGAAGGAGCUCAUCAAAUCAUAUCAGGAGAGCUGGUAAAACUAUCAGCUCAAGAAAUUCUAGAUAAUUGGGAAACAGAUUAUAGUUCCGGGGGGAGCGUGCAAAAAGCGUUUGAUUACAUCAAACAGAAUGGCAUCAGAUUAAGCUCCGAUUACCCUUAACUCCUGGAUCCGAAUUAAUGACCGGAUAAUAAGCACAGGAAAGAAGUCCACAUGAUCCUGCGGGGCUACCUUGGUUUCUCUCCAGAUAUAUGUAUCCAUUUUCCCCCAUGUCUCCCCAUAGGUGUUCUUACAUAUCCAAUACUUUCCAUCCUCCGAUUCGUCAUACCCAACAACAAGUAGCGAGUGCGAAUCUGGUUUAUACCAUGGCAGACCAUGUUUGAAGACACCCCCAUGUAAUACUUGAAUCUAAGGCCAAUUACAACGCUAACAACUACGGGCUAAAGACCUUAGAUAAAAAAGGUAAAGAGCGAAUUUUCAUCAACGGUUACAAAAUAUUGCAGCCAGACUAUUAUGAUGAGAUUUCACUUAUGCGGGCUGUUGCGAAACAGCCCGUAGUUGUUAGCGUUGUAAUUGGCCUUAGAUUCAAGUAUUACAUGGGGGGUGUCGUCUGCCAUGGUAUAAACCAGAUUCGCACUCGCUACUUGUUGUUGGGUAUGACGAAUCGGAGGAUGGAAAGUAUUGGAUAUGUAAGAACACCUAUGGGGAGACAUGGGGGGAAAAUGGAUACAUAUAUAAUCUGGAGAGAAACCAAGGUAGCCCCGCAGGAUCAUGUGGACUUCUUUCCUGUGCUUAUUAUCCGGUCAUUAAUUCGGAUCCAGGAGUUAAACAUGCAAUUGAAGAAGCUGAAAGCAUGAUAGAAAAGGUUUCUAGUCCUCAAUUUCAUUCAAGCCAAGCUUUUGAGGGAGUAAAGAGAUCUCCAGGACCCAUUUUUAGCUCAACAGGAGUCAUUGACAAGAUACGGAAUUCUAAAUACUUUCAAGCUCUUCUUGAGCCAUCCAAAGAAAAAGAUUGCGAUCAAUUGGUAAAUGUUGAUCAACUGGGGAAGCAAAACAAGACAGGCAGCGAAGCAUCACAGGUUUUCUUUGGUAAUGGUUCCAAAAAUAACAAUUCUGAGGGCUGCAUAAUUAUUGAAAGGCCUCAAUCACAUGGCAUCCAGACACAGGGUCCUGGUGUUUCAUAUGUCAAGUCCCCUUCAUGUGAGGAGGAAGUUAUUCCCGAUGUUAGUGCCAGAGGAAAGUUGGUUACACCUGAAAUAAGUAGAGAGCUAAGCGACAGCCGUAACAGAGGUGAAAAGGAAAAGGAGGACGAGUCCUGUUGAGCUGUCUAUUUGAGGAGCAUUGAUAUCAUCAUUUUGUCAAGUUCACUUUUAAGUCAUCUAAGUUCUGACAUUUUUCCCAUUGAAUUUGUUUUGUAUGCUAGUAAGCACAAAACCCUUAAGUCCCUUUUUUGCUUCUUACAUGAUUAGACAUGUAUUACUACUAUAAGGAUGUAUGCUGUUUAUAUUUGCCGUUUAUAUUUACUAGUUAGCAUUAAAGGGAUAAAGAUGGAUUAUGGGUUUCCCGGAAAGUUGGCAUUGUGUUGAUGCUAGAAUAUUGACUCAAGGUAUUGAACAUUGAUACAGUUUCCCUUGAAGUAGACAGGGUGUUGGACUUUGGUAUGGAUGCAUGAUGUCCUUUUUGCAAACUUUAAUCUAGAUGUUCAUUAAUCAUUAUUUAGAUGUCUUUGUGCC